AACAAAUUUUACCAAAACCCUCCUAUCGAACAGAACUCUUUGCACCUUCUCCAUCUUCCAUCUUCUUCCUCGCUCGCUCGCAUUUUCUUCCAUCCACAACCUAUUUCCUAUGCUUCACACUUCCACUUCAUUUUUUCCCUUCAAACCUUCUCACCCUUCUUCUUCAUUCGCAUUACACAUGGAGCAAACUCCUCUCUUAUCUUUCAAGUUAAAGCAGUCUAACCAACCCCGCAUCACUUCUCAAGCAUCAUCAAACAAGCACGAAGCUAAUGCACAUUCUCCAAGAAAUGAAGAAUCAGUUGUUCAUGGACUAUCUGAAACGAUUGUUGGAGUUUCGGGUAGAAAUGAAGCUCCGUCGUAACUGAAGAAGCGAUUCCACAACACAUUCAUACGCCAAACGCGACAUAACACAUUUCAUUUUUCAUCACAAACCCUAAUUCACAUUGAGAUCCGAACGAGUAUAGUAGAGUUUCGGAGAGAUCCGAAUCUUCAAUGGCACAUCGAAGAGCGAAAUUUCUGUUCCUUCUAUGCGCUCUUUGUUAUGCACUCAAUUCCUUUGCCGCAAAGAGCUAUUACGAUAUACUGCAAGUGUCGAAUAGUGCGGAGGAUGAUCAGAUUAAGAGAGUGUAUAGGAAACUGGCAUUGAAGUAUCAUCCUGAUAAGAAUCCGUGGAAUGAAGAAGCUAAUAAGAAAUUCGCGGAGAUUAACAAUGCAUAUGAAGUGUUGUCCGAUAGCGAGAAGAGAUAUAUUUAUGAUAAGUUCGGUGAAGAGGGUUUGAAGCAGCAUGCGGCUGGUGGAGGAAGAGGUGGUGGGAUGAACAUGCAGGAUAUUUUUAACUCGACAGGGAAGCUUCGAGAAUCCAUGUCGAGGAACUUCUGCUGUAUUCCCACGAGGAACUUCUGCUGUAUCAUACACCGAGUUAAACUUUUUCUGAGGACUAGAUACAAGAUACGCGCAGCCUUAUUCAUGUUUCUUGGGCUUCCUGUUGAGUUUGAAGUUGAGAUCCCGGGGCGUGUUCCCAGUGCUAGGUUUUUUGGAUUACUGGUGCCAGCCGUGGAAUUGGGGAAGUUCUAGCUCAACAGCUUGCAAGUUUAGGGGCCAAGUUAAUAAUCUCAGCAAGGAAUGAAGCUGACCUAAACCAAGUAAAGUUGCAGCUGAAAGGUAAGCAUGCACCUAACGGGAUCAAGAUUUUACCGUUGGAUUUAACGUCAGGAGAAGAUUCUCUUAGGAAGGUUGUCGAUGUAGCAGAAUCCCUUUUUCCGGAUUCUGGUGUGAUUAUAUGAUUCAUAAUGCUGCGUAUGAG